UUUCCCAGAAGGUGAGAGUAUCUGGUUUGUGCAAAACAUGGCGACCACCGGCUUCUCGCUAAGCUUUUCUAACCACCCUACCACCCUCCAUCUUCCCCGUCCCAAAGCAGAAUCCACUUUCUUAUUUUCACAGAGGGCGCCCUCCGACAAUCAUCUUCCUCACACCCUGCUUCGCUUCUCUGCCUCAGCGAUUCUCUUCCUUGGCCUAACUCUUCGCGUCUCCUCUCCAGCUUCUGCUCACCUCCCCCCUCCUCCCGUUGCCGCCUCUCUUUGUCUAGUGGAGCAGCCAGGGACUCACGAUGAUCUCGGUGGUAGACAAAAUGAAGAAAUUGAAGAGUUUGGGGAUGACAAGUUGAAAGCGGCAUUUGAAAGUUAUAAGUCUAAACAGUAUGCUUUAUCUGUGCCUUUAAGAGUUGUUGCUCUGCGUGGUUCAGUACCUCCUUCAUGGGUUAAGGAUUUCAUCAGAACACAAGGAAAGAGAGUAAAGUUCCACUCUAGGUUCCGUGGAAGUCUCCAAGAAAUCUUUUCUGAUCUAUCAAUAUCCUUGAGAAAGGCAAAUAUCGGGCCUUCAUCUGCUAUGGCUGCUGAUAUUGUUACAAUCGGUGAUUCCUGGCUUCAUUUUGCAAUUAAGAAGGGAGUUAUUGAGCCUAUACAUGGGGUGGAAGACCAGGACUGGUAUAAGGACCUAAGUGAAAAAUGGAAGAACAAGGCUCCGGACUCCGAUGUUUCCGACAUGAGUUUCUUGCAGAAAUUUGAGGCUCUUAUGUCAAAAAGUUUGAAUUCUACUUUCCUAGUCCUUAUUCCAAAGGUUGAGGGGAUUAUCAAUAUUAGAGACUUUAGGUCAAUUAGUCUCAUUGGUGGUGCUUAUAAGCUACUUGCAAAUGUCUUAGCAAAAAAAAUGGCCAUGGUGGCAGAAAAGGUGAUUGCUACAAGUCAGUAUGCCUUUGUUAGGAACAACAGAUUACGGAUGUAG